GACCCCAUAUCUAACCCUCCUCUCGACAAGAAACAUCCAGACAGCAAAGGCAUCCGUCUCAUAGUCUGCACCAGGCCAUCUGCUUGUUCAUCUCAAAAAGUGCCUGAGAAACGACCCAAGGGAAAGGCCAGAAGCUGAGUCAGAGGGUUGACCCAUCAUCUCCGUAAUUCUCAAUCCAACAGAGGAAAAUACUAACAAAGCCUCGUCUAUCAAAGUGUACAGUCUGGAAUGCCUAAGCAAAUCAUAUAAAGUGUCUGCCCCUACAUACUCCCAAAGACAGCUCUAAAACAUAAACGUUAUGUGGAAGAGGACCAUGUGGACAGCGGCAGUGGGGCUUUUUUAUACACUUGCGCUGGCGAGAGCUGCUUUGGUACCAAAUGAAUGUCAAAUCACAAAAGCAUUGAAUGGCAAACUAUUAUACGAUAAGCGGCUGAUGUACAUGAGCGACUACUUCCCGCUAGAUUACAAGCUGUUUGUGAAACAUGAAGAGGUGCUGCGCUUCCAGAACAUCACAAGUCUGAUGAACCAAGGCAUUCCUGUAAAAGAGCUCCGUUACCUUUGGGGGAUCAUAAAUGAACGCGUACUCGUCAGGAUGAAGGCUGUUCUGCCAGGCAGGCAUCCCACAUUCAGUUACAUUACUGAACUGCUGGCCAUAUUUAAAGAACUUCUACAGAUUCAACAGGAGGCGGACAACGAGAUUGUUCUCCGUAUUAUGAAAAGACUGAGGCUUCCACAGGAACUCACAUCACAGAAGCCGGUCCGUCCGAAGGCACUGAUGGAUAACUGCUUCAGGGUCCUGUUCGCGCUCUAUGAAGAGGAAUGUGGUCUGUGUAACCCCAGGUCAGAGCCUUUUGAAGACCCCUAGAACUUUCAUAGCUUUUUAACUGCCUUACAAUGGAAUAUGAUCAACAUUUUAUUCAAGCUUUAAAGAGCCUUAGAGUAUGCCUGUGCUCUGCGUUAUACAGAUGUGAAUUUAUAUAAAAUUCUAUACUUUAUGAAUGUAGUAUUCUAAGAAUACAAUAUCAGGUGCUUUAGUUUACAAAGGUCAUCUCCCAAGGCCUACUCAGUACUUCCAAGCCUGAUAUCACUUUACUGUAUGUUGCAAAAAAAAAAAGGGAUAACGAAAUGCAAACUAUGCAAAAAAAAUUGUGAAAAUGUUAAAAUCCAUUACAUUGGAUCAUUAUUUUGUACAAGGAGAUGCUUGUUGUUUAUAUUCUCAGGGUAAUUUACAGUAUGUGAAAUAAAUGGUCCAGGCCUAAAGUGCCACUCACUGUGCUUUA